UUUAGCUUUAGCAUCGUGAAACCUGAUGCGGAUGACCAACUGGUCAGAUUUUAGAGUAAACGCUCAUUCUGAAAAUCAUUUUUCGACUUGUAAUGCAUCGUUAGCAGUCAGUGUUGCAUCGAAAUGACCUCCGCUAUACUGUCGGCCUUAAAUAUCCUCACCAGACCCGUGAACGAGGCGUCUGGACCCGAUGCUCAGUCGUCUCAGCAGCAGGUUCUUCUGGCGGCUCUGGAGGCCAACAGGACUCUUCUGCUGCAGCGUCUCCAGACGGAGAGCAGCCUGGAGGAGGUGAGGAGGCUUCGGGAGGAGGUGAAGGUUGAGGCCGGCUGGUUCUGCAGCAACACGGAGGACGUCACCUGGAGCUUCGUCCAGGAGUGUCUGCUGCUGCUGCUCGCUCUGACCCGACACCUCUCUGAAGAACUGGAGCGUUUCCAGCAGACUCCGCCUCCUCCUGCAGCCAGACGCCGCACACCUGAGCUGGCUCCACCUUUACCCCCCGACGUCCUCAGCGUCGCCCAGCAGAAGACGCUGGCAGCUGCUCUACAAUUCGUUGUAUCUCUGGGUGUCUGCCCCUACCUGGCCCCAGGUGUGGGCGUCCCUCUGGGCCGCAGGUCCACGUUUGGAGCCUUGGUGGAGAAACUGGUCCGUGGGGGGGCGGAGCCUGCAGGGGGACGCCGUCUUCUCACCACCACUAACGUCCUGCUGCAGCUGGCUGAGCUGUCCACUCUCGCCACGCUGGUGUUCACCAGACAUCUGGGGGACGUGAUGGCGGCGCUGUGUCAGCUGGGCUACCAGCCUCACCGAGAGGAGCAGAGGCCGCUCACAGCUGAAGAGUGUCGAUUGUGUAAAGAGGCCCUCAGGAACCUGCUGGGUAAAGUCUACCAGCCGAUCAUCAUCAAGGAGCUGCUCAUCCUCCAGGGAGGACCCAAACAGUCUGGUCCAGCAGUGACCUCCGGUGGAUCCGGCAGCAGCAGGGCAGGUCUGGGAUCAGCUCCGGCCUGGUUGAGGCGUCUGUGUGGUCAGCUGCUGUCUGAGCGUCUGAUGCAGCCCAACGGCGUCCAGGCUGUCGUCAGAGCUGUUCUGGAGGGAGGAACAGGGGGCGACUCUGACUGGAGGAAAUGUGACGCUGUGGCUCGGAUCCUGGUCGCCUGUCCUCAGCAGUCCACAUCUGCAGACGCCUACUUCAGAAACAUCUGUCCUCAGAUCCUGGAGCUCCUGCACUUCAAAGACAAGCUGACAGCUCAGCAGUUCCAGCGAGUGGCCACCAGGGCGGCGCUGUCCAUGGUUCAGGAGAGGAGCAGCUUCGCCCAACAGUUCCUGCUCCGCCCCCUGCUGGCAGCACUGCAGCGCUGCACCACCGCUUCCAACCAGGAGGAUUCUCAGGUUGCUGUAGAAGAAUCAGAACUGACUCGAUGUGUGGAGGACGUCUACAAGGUCUGGGUGGUUGGAAACAGUCCGUCAGUUUCUCUCCUGGAAGCUCUGGAGGAAGUUCUUCCUGUCGUCUUCACGCUGUUCUGCUUCACCAAGAAGAACGUCUCCCACCUACGCGCCCCCUGUCAGGAGAUCUUAGUGUGGUAUCUGAGCCACGCUGAGUCGUCUGCAGGUUUGUCGAUGAUCAGGCAGCUUUCAGGCCUGCAGGGACGCAGAAACGAGGUGGCGGCGGGUUUUCUCUUCACGCCGGGCAGCGAUGGAGGAGCCAGACUGGUCUGCAGAGGAAGCAGCAGCGACGAGGACGAUGAGCUGUACGAGAAGCUGUCGGGGGAACAGUGGAGACUCGAGUGUCUGAUGCAGAUUCUGUCUGAGCUCAAAGACUCCGACCUGCCGGGAGACUUCUUCCUGGAGCUGCUGCAGGAACUGACCAGCUGGGCGGCUGCAGCUGAUGAUGAGGAGAAGGAGGAUGAAGAGCAGCCAGAUGUGGCGGCCAUGACGCUGCUGGAGGUGGAGCAGCAGCUGUUGGGUGGAGCUGAGAGACGAGCCCAGAGGCUGGUUCUGCUGCAGGUUCUGGCCGUGAUGGUGGAGAGUUUACAGCACACCGAGCUGCUGAGGAGAACCUCACAGGUGGUGGACUUCAUGGUGACCCUCCUCCAGAGGGCCUGUGUGGGCCUCGAUCAGGCCAGUGGGCCACGUGUUGGGAACCCGGUAGAGAGCCAGACUCUGAGCAUGGGGAUGGGUCUGGUGGCCACCAUGCUGUCUGGACCUCAGGUCAGUGCAGACGACUACUCAUCCAUGUCGAAGCUGCUUCCUGCUCUGCAGACUUUGUCUCAGCAGCAUCCGGACGUCUUCAUCCAGGAGUUGGCGUCCAACCUCAGAGGCGUCAUCGCGACUCACGGCGCCUACCGGCCUGAAAACCUCAACACCGCCGCUGGUUCAUCCUCCAGAAACCCCGAAUCAACAGCAAACCACAUCAAUGGAGCAAAGACUCCUGUCAGCAAACUCCCAGCAUCCUCUGCAGGAUCUACAAGAGGUUCCACCAGUGACCCUCCUAACAAGCCCCUCUCUGAUUGGCUGCUGGAGGCAUGUGACCCGGAUGUGCCGACCAGAGCGUUCGCCCUGAGGGUCCUGAACCAGAAGGUGCACCACAGAGACCCGGAGGCCGUCCAGAACCAGGAGAAAGUCCUCAUGCUCUUCCUGGAAAAUCUGGAGCAUGAAGACUCAUUCGUCUACCUGUCAGCCAUCCAAGGUCUGGCUGCUCUGGCUGAUUCUUAUCCUGACAGGAUCCUGGAGAGGCUCCUCAAAGACUUCCAGGCUGGACCCUCGCUGCCUUCAUCCGACCGGCAGCGCUGCCUGGAGACCCGGCUGAAGCUGGGGGAGGUUCUGAUGAGGGCGAGCCGGGCCAUGGGAGAUCUGGCUCCUCACCUCGGCCGUCCUCUGCUGGGCGUCUUCCUGCAGGGAACCAGAGAUCCGGAUCAGACGGUCCGGGCCAGCAGUCUGUCCAACCUGGGAGAACUCUGUCAGAGGAUGGACUACAGUCUGGGACCGCUGGCUCAGGAGUUGAGUUCCUGUCUGACGGCUCUGAUAAAGACAGAAAAAGAAGCAGAGGUGAGGAGAGCCGCCGUCCAUGUCAUCGCUCAGCUACUACGAGGCCUCAGCGACAAAACCACCCAGGUUUUCCUGAAGAAUGUGGAGGUGAUCCUCCUUCUGCAUUAUUCCAUUUACUUUGUCUAGUACACCAGUUCCACAGAGCAUGAUACUGCCACCACCAUGCAACAGGUAUUUACUGGAAAAACUACUGCUCUGUGCUUUUUGUAAUAAUGAAAUUAAUAAAUAUUCUUUAUUUCUAUAAAAACUUGAAGUUACAAAGUGCUUUACAAAGGAGACCAAAGUUUAAAUCCAUUUCCAUUUCCACCACCAUCCAAGGGUAAAAUUCCACAAAGUGUUCUGAAACGAGGAUAAAUCCAGAGGUGAAAUAAAUGAAUAAGAACUAGGUCACCCUGCCCCUUUUUAAAGGUUUUCAUAAAGACCUCAGGAGCUGAACUUGGGCUUCGGGUCAAGAAUGACCUUCAGGUGAAACCAAAUCAAUCACGAACUCUUUGUUUUCCCUGUCAGAGUUACAAAGAACACAACGGCUGUUUCUGAACGGCUUGUAAUUUUCCAUCAGCUGCUCUCUCAGGCUUCAGGUUCGGAGGCUGAAAAGUUUCCUCAUGUGCUGCUUUCACAUCAGCAGGAAUGGGGUUAAAAGGUGACGGUGGUCAGUUUGAACAUUCACUUAAACAAUGAGGAACAUUUGGACUUUUGGAGGCAGUCGGACUCUUGCUUCGUGCUGCUGUUGAGGCUGAAUCAGGUGUUUCUGAGAGUGAUGGGUUGUUGUUCUAGUCUCUAAUCCACCUCACUUCCCCUGUGGUCAUCGCUGCGAUUACAGACUAACCUUAACCUUCAUGGUGUUGGGAUUCAAUCCGAACACAGUGUUUAGAGCCGCACCGGGUUUCUCUUUCUCACAGCUCCACAUUCCUGAAUCCGUGUUGUUCUUAGAUAGUCGACGGUUAAUCACAUCGCAGCUCUCUGGCCUCCCAGAAUGGAAACGGUGAUGCAGAAAUGUCAGGAUUCUCACUGGAAACACAUUUAAACUGUUAAACCCAUCAGGACGUCGCUGUGUGAGGACGAAACUAAUGAAUAAAGCUGUCAUCUUUAUUUAAUUUACAGUAAAGUAACAUUAAAAACAGUAAAUUAAUGAGUCGCCGAGGUUUAGCCCAGUGGAAACACACCUACAUGCAUAGCCGGAGCUGCAUCGGGGUAAGUUAAGGACGAAAAACAUCAAUUCCAGACAGUUUCUGGGUGUUUAUUGCCCUCCUGUCACAUUUUUCUUCACUGUGGGUUAAUUUUUCACUGCAAUAUAAAGUCCUGCACAACCAUGAAGACAGAGAGAACUCAGAAAUGUCUUCUGUGCAGAAUGACACAAUUCAAAAGCCAUAAAACACUAAAAAAGGAAAAAUUAAAGUCGAAUUGUUUUGAUUAUUUGUCACAAAAAUAGGAGAAAAUCUGAAAUCAACACAUUUUCCCAAGUGCCUGAAAGCCAUUUUUGAUUUCCAAAAAUAAAAACAAACCUAAUGAGUAUCUGCGUGUAGAACAUUUUUUUAAGUGCAGACAAAAUGUUUAAAAAGUUGAAAAAGUUAUUUUUCCUGGCAUUUUACUCAUGAUUCAUUCAAGGACCGUAGGAAGUUUCAAAAAUCUUUAGAUUCUAUCUGUAUUUACAGUUUCUGGCUGGUAAAUUGUGGAUUUUAGGCAAUUUCUUUUGUUUGUCUGGGUUUUAUAAUUUUAAAUUACCAACCCUGCCUGAUUGUUUUAGUUUUCAGAGUAAAUAAAUGUAUUAAUAAAUAUUAAGAAUUUGUGCAACUGUCAAGAUUUCUGUUGCCAACUAUGCAAGUUUAACUGUUUAGUCGACUAUCGCACACAUCCAAAAUAAACACUAGAUUUGGUUUUUUUUAAUAGAGAGUGAAUAAAUGGACCCUAAUCUUUGCUGCCGGGGUAUUUGUUUGAUGAAUGUCAACUUUUUCUGACACUAAAUUGUGAAACUCUUAGUUACUGUAGGUCACAGCGGUUGAACUGACCUGUAGUUUAAACAAAAGGAGAAAAGGGAUUGGAAAAGUUGGAAUAUUUCAGAUUUUUCAGCAAGAAAACGGACAGAAGGAAGAUGUACAGAGAAAGAAUAGGCUAGUAGGAAGGACAGAAUCCACUGAGUUGUAUAUUUGUUUAUGAGGAGCUUCACUUUCUUCCUCCUUUUUGCCAACCUGCCAACCUUCAUGUAGAAACAACUUGCUGGGAAAUUAGCAACCAAAAUCUGUUAGUGUGAAACUGGUGGCAGAUUUCAGACAUAAUAUUCAGAUUUACUACGUAGUGUGUGUCGGCUGCAGGUAGUCGUUGACGUUUUAAAAAGCUGGAUGUGGCUCUGAGACGUUUCCAUGACUGCAGAUGUUGACGUCCAGCUGCUGGUCCCAGUUCAGGUCCUGUCAUUACCAGCAGCUGUACUGGUUAAUGACAGCCCAGAUGUGGGAACAGAAAGAAGGAUGACCUGGAAGACUGGGGAACAAAAAGAUGAGAGGUUCUGGAGAGUUUCUGCAGCAGGAAGUGAAUACGAUGACUUUCAGGAUAAACAUGUGGACGAUCAGAACCACAUCUGGUUCCAUGUUCUGUUGUAGUGAUGAGAACCUUUACUGGUUUCCUUACUGUGAGAUGAAGAACAACUUCUUCCAUUACUCUCUGGAAAUACUCCCUAAAAACAUGUUUCCUAUCUCUGCCCAUCUUUAUAAAACCGAACUUUAAAGUUAAAUUCCAGUUCCACAUUUCUGUUAGUUCAUCAGUUCUUAGUUAAAUCUCUGAACCCUCAGUGUAUUUUGACACAUUGUCUUUUAAAAAAUUGCCAAAUUUGCAUCAUUUAUCAGCCAGAGACUGCAAAAAUGGAGAAUUCUUGGGUUUUUUUUUUUUGGAACUUCCCGACUGUCCUUGAACCUGUCAUGUGUGACAUACAGUUUCAUUGGAAAUCUGGGCUUAAAUUUGUGAUAUUUCAUCAAAAUGUUGUUAAAAUUCUUUAAAACUGAAGCAUUUCCAACAGAUUCUGUACCACUGCAAAGUCAGGAUCGAGUCAGCUGGAACCAACUUUCCGGUGGUCCCUGAACUAAUCCUGUGUAACUUUGGAAAACUGAACCAAAUCUAAGCUUAAACAUCAAGAUAAUUCGUCAAAAUAAUUUCCUUCUACAGGUCUCCGAUAAAAUCUCUUCAAAAAGGCGUUCGCACCAGAUUAUGUGGAAAACAAAACAUUCUGAACCCCUCGGCAAAACUGAUUCUACAUCAGCUGAGACCAACAGUGAAAAAUUUAGAAAGUUUUCAGGUUGAACUGCAGGCAGUUUCCACAGAGAGACUGAGAGGUGUGGCAAAAUGACUUAAAAACUGUCUGAAAUUGAACAAACUCACAUAAAAUGACUCAAAAAUGCCCUACCAUGGCAUAAACCUGUGCAGAAUUGUUGGAAAGAAUGUUCAAAAAUGCAUCAAAACUUGUCCAAAAUGAUCACAAGAAGAAAAUGAAAGCUACUGGAUGAAUAAAAUAAAUGCAUCAUGGCUCAGAAACAGUGAACAGAGGAGCAAGUUGUUGGAGAUACAUUCAGCAUGGAGAAACAUCUUUCUACAGAUGAUGAGCAGAGUAGAGAGAAAUAGUCUGGAGAAGCUGGAAACAUGGAAAUAGUUCAAUAUCAAUAGAAUGUGGAGACAAAACCACCACAAAGAGGCACAAAAUGAUGUAAAUAAGACACAAAACAACAAAAAUACGACACAAAAUUAUAUAAAAGGAAGACAAAAUGACAAAAACAAGAGACA